AUGGGUGGGCCCACAAAGGAGUACUUCCACAUUGCUAUUUCAUCAUUAACAAGAAUGGAUCCAGCAUUCAAUAUACAACUGUUUGGUGGUAAACUAGGACACUUAAUUCCUAUUUGUGGUGUAGAUGCUGUUGCAUCUGGUUGCUUCGAAAUGGUUGGAAAACUUGUAGCACACAGUGUGUUGCACGACGGCCCUGGUUUCAUUGGCUUGUCUCCAGCUAUUGUGAAGUAUUUGACUAAUGGGUCUUUAGAAGCAGCAAAAGAAGUGGUUACCACCAGUGAUCUGCUAGAUAUUGACUUGAAAAUUUUACAAGAUGAAAAGGUGAUUAAUACAUGUGUUAGUGAAAUUGAUCCCAAUGCUAAAGACCUUGUGGAAGGUUUGUUGGUAAAGCAUGGUUUGACUGAUGUUUCUCUCACAGACAAAAACAAAGAGAAGGCUGUAAAAGAUCUCUUAGUGGCAGAGGUGCUUGUAACCAGAACUGCUGCCCUUGAUUCAAUGUUCAGAGGUCUAAACCACCUGGGAUUGGGUAACUUACUUAGACAAUACCCAAUCUUCAAAGAGGUUGUUCUGCCUUCAAUUGAAGAAGCAGUUGUUGAUGUAGAAUUGUUAAAGAGGAAAUUAAGUGACGCAAUGAAGAAGCAUCGCAAUUCAAGAGAUUUGAAUAGUGAUGAUGCUGCAAAUGAGGACAAAACAUGUGAAUGGCUCAUGAAAUUUCUUGAUGAAGUCUCCGAUUUAUUUGGUAAAUUACCGUAA